GCGAAAUACAGGCGCUCCAGAUCCGAGAAAGCGAACUUUUUUAAAGGAUAGCUAAUCCUGAGAAGCAAAGCGCACCACCAUAGCGAUACAAGUGCGCAACCUAUCGAGAACCUUCAAAGAAGAUAGUCACCACCUGCAGAUCACCACUGUGAACACUGCGAGUGUCAGGGCUCAACUCAACUUCUGUGGCAACUUUUCUCCAGAUACCAACCGGACCCCUUUGGCUUGAGACCCCCCACGUGUGCUGAACACGCACCCGACCUCCAUGUGUGACAUAUACCGCGCGGACUCCCAGUGCGUCUCACCACCAUGCACCAUGAGUUGGACGAUGGAACCAGCUAACUUCUACGAGAACAACAAGCAGCAGCAGCAGGGGGGAGGCGUUCUCCAGGGGCUCUGCAAGCCGGGCAGAUGCGACGUUCCCGGGGACGAGGUGGGGACAACCACCAUGGCCGAGCUCAGCACGGCUCCCCCCACCGCCAUGUACGACGACGAGAGCGCCAUCGACUUCAGCCAGUACAUCGAGUCCAUGACAGCGGUGCCCAACUUGGAGCUGUGCAACGAUGAACUGUUCCUAGACCUCUUUAAUACUGUGAAGCAAGAGAAAGCAGAGUUCUACAACAUGACAAACUCUGUGACGACGUCAAACAACCACCACAACAACAACAGCAGCAGCCACCACGCCAUACAGCAGCAGCAGCAGCAACAGCAGCAGCUCUCCACGACACACACGACUCCGUACGCGCUCGGCUGUCACAGGGAUUACGAGAGAAAGCAGCACCCCGAUGGAUUUGACAAGGGGGUGUUCAGCGCGCCCAUCAAGCAGGAGUCGGACUGGAGCGACAGCGACGUGUCCUCCUCGCUGCCGUCCCAGAUCGAGACGUGUGCCCAGACCUCGGUCAGCCUGCCCAUGGGACAGCCGACGCCCCCGACCACCCCGGAGCCCCACUCGGCUGUCAGCUCCGCCAGCUCCUCCCCUCGGAAGAUGGGUCGGGAGAAGGGGAAGAAGUCCGUGGACCGCUAUAGCCAUGAGUACCGUCAGCGAAGGGAGAGGAAUAACAUUGCCGUGCGUAAAAGUAGGGAUAAGGCGAAGCUGCGCAACAUGGAGAUGCAGGAUAAGAUGAUUGACCUGGGCGCUGAGAACGAUCGGCUACACAAGACCAUUGACCAGCUCACCCGAGAGCUGACCGGUCUGAGAGACUUCUUCAAGCAGCUACCUAAUCCCUCCUUCCCGGCGUCCACGACCGCAGACAAUCGGUGACACACCCGUGUCACACGUUUUGAAAAAGACAUUUGAAAGCCAUACCUCAACACAGACAUUUUGUUUACCAUCUGUAACAGAUGCAUUUUAAGCUUACCAUAAUGGCACUGGAAAUAUUUGACAUUGCUGCCAUAUUCUUUUUGUGGGAAAAAAAUGUCUUUUUUUGUUUUUCAAUAUUAAAUUAUUUUACCACUGCAUUUACAUGUUAUACCUGAUACGGUACAUGUUUUAUAAUUCUCAACUUUGUAUUAAGAGCCAGAGCAUGAUCUUUUAUAUAGUUUGUAUAUUAAACAUUUGUCUAUGGAAUCUAUAAUAAAAUUUAUUACGAAAAAGAAAAA